GCGCUCGGCCCUGCUCGGCAGCUUGAGCUCCGCCCGGGCGCCGGGUUCCCGGAGCUGCCGGAGCGGGCGGGCGGGCGCCGAGGGGGCGGACCGAGCUCCGCGGACCUUGCCGGCCUGGAGCGAGAGAGGCGGGCGAUCCAGGAGCGCCCGGGAGCGCGGAGAGCGUGGCCAGCCCCCAGCGCUCUGGAGACACCCGAGCGCCCCGCUCCUUGGCACGAUGCGACCCGCCGCGUCUCCGCGCCGGCCCCGGGCUUCGCUUUCUGCUCGCUGAGCCCCGGCGCUCGCCACCGCGUAAACUCGGAAAGACCGGCGAGACGUGGGAGAGCCGCGCGGAGACGCACCCAGACGUCCCCUCUGCCCCCAAGAGGCUGCCGACCCCUCGAUCCCUGGGCUUCUCUAGCUUUACCAUGAACCUGGCGCACGCUUGGCGUUAGGAGAAAUUUCUGAAGCCGGAGAGGGAGUCAAGGAAAUUCUUUGGUUGCUAAGUGUGAGUGAAGACACCCAGGAUGGCUCAGGGAUCCGGGGAUCAGAGAGCAGUGGGGAUCGUGGACCCAGAGGAGAGUUCUCCAAAUAUGAUAGUCUACCGCAAAAUUGAAGACAUCAUUACAAAGAUGCAAGAUGACAAGACAGGGGGUGUGCCCGUCAGAACAGUCAAGAGCUUUCUCUCCAAAAUCCCCAGUGUUGUCACAGGUACGGACAUUGUACAGUGGCUUAUGAAGAACCUUUCCAUCGAGGACCCAGUUGAAGCAAUACACUUGGGAAGCCUUAUAGCUGCCCAGGGCUACGUCUUCCCCAUCUCGGACCAUGUUCUUACCAUGAAGGAUGAUGGCACCUUUUAUCGUUUCCAGGCCCCAUACUUCUGGCCUUCAAAUUGCUGGGAACCUGAAAACACGGACUAUGCCAUCUACCUCUGUAAGAGGACAAUGCAGAAUAAAGCAAGGCUGGAACUGGCAGAUUAUGAAGCUGAAAACUUAGCGAGACUCCAGAGGGCCUUUGCAAGGAAGUGGGAAUUCAUCUUUAUGCAAGCAGAAGCACAAGUCAAAAUUGAUCGGAAAAAGGAUAAGACAGAAAGGAAAAUUCUGGAUAGUCAAGAACGAGCCUUUUGGGAUGUCCACAGGCCAGUGCCAGGCUGUGUGAACACAACAGAAAUGGACAUCAGAAAAUGUCGACGUUUGAAGAACCCACAAAAGGUUAAAAAGUCAGUGUACGGUGUGACUGAAGAAUCCCAGUCGCAAAGCCCAGUGCACAUCCCCAGUCAGCCAAUCAGGAAAACCACAAAAGAAGACAUCCGGAAACAAAUAACAUUUUUGAAUGCACAGAUUGACAGACAUUGUUUAAAAAUGUCCAAAGUGGCUGAAAGCUUAAUUGCUUACACGGAACAGUACAUGGAAUAUGACCCCUUGAUCACACCAGCUGAGCCGUCCAAUCCCUGGAUCAGUGAUGAUAUCGCUUUAUGGGACAUAGAGAUGAGCAAAGAGCCCAGCCAGCAGCGAGUGAAGAGAUGGGGCUUCUCUUUCGAUGAGAUCUUGAAGGACCAGGUGGGGCGGGACCAGUUUCUACGAUUCCUGGAGUCGGAAUUCAGUUCAGAAAACCUCAGGUUCUGGUUGGCAGUCCAAGAUCUCAAGAAACAGCCCCUCCAGGAUGUGGCCAGGAGGGUGGAAGAAAUCUGGCAAGAGUUUCUGGCUCCCGGGGCCCCAAGCGCAAUCAACCUGGAUUCUCACAGCUAUGAGAUAACCAGUCAGAAUGUCAAGGAUGGAGGGAGAUACACAUUCGAAGAUGCCCAGGAGCACAUCUACAAGCUGAUGAAGAGUGACAGCUACGCCCGCUUCCUCCGGUCCAAUGCUUACCAGGACUUGCUGCUGGCCAAGAAGAAGCCAGAAAGUGAGCAAGGUCGUAGAACUUCCUUAGAAAAGUUCACUCGCAGUGUGUGCUGCUGGCGCAGAGUCAGAAUGGCCGCUGCAUUUCACCCCCGAGGCGGCUUCCUUCCAUCAGUGGGGAAAGUCACUGGCGGGCAAGCGCCUCACCGGCCUGAUGCAGUCCUCCUGACGGUCCCCGCCGCAGGGCCCGGGCCCGAGGACCACGCGGGCAGCCGGCGGCGCUCCACGUCUGCGGACAGAGCAUCCCCGCGGGGAGAUUUGGUCACUGUGAAGGAGAAGGAGUGAGGGCCGGGCCACGGUGGGGAGACCGCGGUGCGUGAACCAGAGGGAGGCCAGAGAGAGCCCUCGGAGGCUGGGGUCGGCCGGGCAGAGGCCCCUGUUUACAACCCCCUCUCCUUGUACAGUCGUGUGCCGACGCCUUGCUCUGUAGGAGAUUCCCGUCCCUCACGUGUUCAGGGGAGAGCGCCCGGCGGGGCUCCUGCCGUGACUGUCCCCUGAGGUUCCAUUCUGAUUAUCAUCACUCCUCCCCGCUGUCUGGGGGAUCACGCCUUCCAGCAAACUCGAAAGGACCCACCGCCCCCAAGCACAUUCAGUAUUACAAAUACAACCCACCGCCUGUGGUGCACCCGUGGCGCCCGCCCCAGUCACGCCACUGUGUUCCAACUGCCUCCCACCUGCCCGAUCGCUGCGGCCACCGCGUGUAAGGAGCCGGACCGGGCUGCCCUCACACCACGCCCCCGUCCCCCGGUCACACCAUCAGCACUGAGCCGCCUCGUGGAUCGCAGCACCUCACGUUCUUCCAACCCCCUUUGAGGCCACCUUUCAAAGGGGUCGCCACAAGGCACUGGAGGCUGCCCCCUGCUCCUGUCAACCGUCUCGAGGGUCCAACACCAGAGGAGGCAUUGAUGUCAAUGAAAGAGCUUGUGAUUCAACACCCCUGAAGGUCCUGACCGUCUUUUAAAAUUUUGAUUAUUUCGUAAUUUAUUUUGUUGCGGCCCCUCGCUCCUUGGUGUGUCCCCGCGUGUCUUACUUAAAAUAAAUGUGGCGGUGAACUUGGGGUUGGGAUCCUCCCCUCCGACAGCCCCACGUGGGAGCUGGGGCAUUCAGGCUGGCAGUCCUGGGCGUGGCCGGGCCCCUGAGGCCAGGUCUCAGUUGUGUCUGAAACCUGUGCCCAGGGGGGAGGCCAGGGCCCAUGGGUCCUCUGAUGGCCUAGCAAAGGCACUGUCCUCCACAAUGUCCGUGAUCAUGGAGAAACGCAAGCACAGAGCUCAACCUGCAGACACCUACCUAAGGUCCACUUGUGUGUGUCAGAAUGACCAUCUGCCAACUUGGCGGCAAGGGAGUCAUACGGAGCACGGAGUCAGGUGCCUGGCACACAGUAGGUGCUUGGCAAAUGGUAGCGCUUACUCUCAUUGUUUUCACUGUCAUUACUGUGACUCCCAUGAGCCCUCGGACAGAGCGCUAUAAGCCACGUGCUUUUGAAUUCAGACACUCACCCACCCCACCCCCAUACCCCCCACUGCUAUGACCAUCUUCCUUUGAUCUAUUUUGGCCAGAGGUAGAAAAUAUCCUUCGGAAGUGUAUAAACAGCAAACACAGAAGCAAAACAGCGAUCACUGGUAUUUCUUUACUUAUGUGGGCAGAUUCAGCAGCCGGUGGGUCUCAUAAGCUUGUUUGCAGGCACUGCCUCCUGAGUGCUCCCCUAGGACCACCUUUCCAAGCCCACCUUCGUGCUGUGUCCCCAGGGCACCAGCUUCCAUCCCUCACAGCAGGGCCACCAAGGGCAUGAGGGGUCGUGAUCAUGGUGGCACCCCAGUGGGUUCUUGAGCCCCACGCCUCGGUUUCCCCCAUGGCAGUAGUUGCUCUCUUUUAGAGGUACAGUGGAAAUUAGAGACAUUCUGUUUCAUCCUCAGAGUGUCUCCAAGGGGGUGUUAUACACCCAAGUUCCCGGCAGACACUCCCCUCAACCCUUGCUCAUUCCAGGAGACCUGGACACAAAACCUGGCACCUGGCAGACACCGGGCAACUGCUUGAUGAGGAAAUGAGUUCCCUGAAGCCUUUUCCCAUGUUGCGGGGUCUGCUGACCCCCUCCUCUCUUCAUCACAUGCUUCUGAAACCCCUUGCUUUUCACACCGAUCUCCUCUUUCAGAGCAGAACUGCUGCUCAGGCUCCCCUGCACCCAACAUUGUCCCCAGGAAGCAGCUUCUGCCAAGGUGCCCCAUCUGUGCUGACACUAAGGCACAGGGUCUGUGGACACCGGCAGGUCUAGAACAGCAGGUCCCUCUGUGCCCUUGGUUAUCCCGGGCAAGAUCCUGGCUGCCUCUCUCCUUCCCCCUGGCUGCAGUCAGGGCCCAGGUGAUCUCCCUGGCCAGGACGUUGGUGCCAUCCAGCUGAGGUCCCUGAGGCUUCGCCUACCCUGGAGCUCCCCAGAAGGGUCAGAGGCAGGUGAACUGCAGCCCUGAGAGGAAGCAGGCUGAAGGCAUCCUGACAUCUCCGGGGACAUCCCUCAGGCCUGAUAGACGUGAAGGCACUUUUGGAUGGAUUCAAACCCAGAGCAAUAACCCCCUUAUCCUGCCUCCCAACCAAGGCACACUCUGUCUUGUGACCACCAUCACGUGCCACCCACCCCCCCCAAGCAGGUCACACCCAGAAAUGGGAGAGAGAGCAGGAUUGUGCCACCCAAGCUGGCUAGUCCAAGGGCAGCCUACCCAAACUAGUUCACCUAGGCUGGGCACUUAGUCCAGGGGCAGUCUACCAUGCAGACCUUAGAAUGCAAGUACACUUAGAAAAAGUUUCCCAGGUGGCGUUAGGUAAAGAAGCCAGGCAGGUAAAGAACCUGCCUGCCAGUGCAGGAGACAUAAGAGACGUGGGUUCAAUCCCUGGGUUGGGAAGAUCCCCUGGAGGAGGGCCUGGCAACCCACUCCAGUAUUCUUGCCUGGAGAAAUCCCAUGGACAGCCUGGAAGGCUAUAGUCCGUAGGGUCGCAUAGAGUCAGACACAACUGAAGCAACUUAGCACACACACUUGGAAAAUCUGGUCUUGGCCAGUUCCCCAUUGGCUUGGUUGACAGAACCAAAAAUUCAGACCCAGAUUAAACUUUUGAAGGAGUUCAGUUCAGUCACUCAAUCGUGUCUGACUCUUUGUGACGCCAUGGACUGCAGCACACCAAGCUUCCCUGUCUAUCACCAACUCCCGGAGGUUCUGUAGCAAAACAAACUUUGUGUUUUUUUUUUUUGCCCUGUCUUGCCUUAGUUGCCCUGACUGGGCAUGGUCUCUGGGUCUGGAACUUUUCCUGAUUUGGGCUCACAGGGCAGAUACCAUGUCAGCAGCCCCACAGCCAAAGCAUCAGAGCUGUCUUAGAAGUGACCACCCACCCGUCGGGGCAGACACAUAGGCGCCAGGCACUGGGCAGCUGACUAACAUAGACUUUGCCUGUAUAGGAAGAGUCAAGCUUGUAGAUUGGCAUGGGUAAAUGCCCAGCAGCAGCCAGAGGGCCUGAGCAGAGCAGCAGGAGCUGUCUGGUCAGAGGAGAGGGCUUCUGCUUUUCCAGGAAGGGAUGCUCUGUCCUGCUGGGAAGGGGUUGCUAUGCCCCAGGAAUUUAGCAAAGCUGAGCCCACCAGGGCCAUCAGAGGCACUGUGCUCCAGGGCCACCCCUUCCAAGGGUACAGGCCAGCACCUGGGAGGGACCUCUUCGCACUCCACAUUGCUUCUCUGAGCAGUGAAUCACAUGGGGACGUGCUCUGGGGGCCUUCCCUGUAGCGAGGUUCCUGCUGUGUUCAAACUACCUCACCAACAGGGUGUGACCCAGGCGCCUGCCACCCAUCUAGCUCCUCGUUUGGUUGUAGAAGUUGAUCCUUUUCCUAAAACGCAACCCUCUUAUGACACUUCAAGUGCAUGGGCUUCAAAAGCCACCACUAGGAAGUUGUCCCAAAAGCCUAGAAAAGACUGAGCGCUGCUGGUCUUUGAGUCUGCAAGGGAGGUCUUCCAGCAAAGUCCAGGAGCUGAAAAGUCCCGGGGGGAAAGUAACAAGUCACCACCCCCCAGAAGGGCUGGCUGAGCUGAGUAUGUAGCAAGGACCGUGUGUGGCACACGCCAAUUGUGGCCAAAUGAAUCCCUGAGAACUCACCACGGGGCCCUCUGAAGAGAGGGCUGUGCUCAUGUAACCAUGGCAACGGCAGAUGCCAGCAGUCUAGUCCUUAGUACCAACCCCUGAUAAGGCAGCCCCCCUGGGCACAGCCCAGGGGCCACAACGUAGCAAAGUAGCAAAUGUAGCAAUAAGGGGCCCAGGCCAUAAAGGGACUGGGUCCACAGGACCCGGCCUCGGCCCUCCCCCAGGCCCCUCGUGAGGGCUCAGAGCCAGCUGCUGUCAGCUGUCCGAGGAGGGAGGCCCCGCGCCCCGCCGAGCGUGCCCGGUCUAUAUUCUCUGCCCACUCACCGCAUGAUCACGGACACGUCGGCAUGGCCUUCUCAUAGUGCAUGCGGUUCUCAUUAGUUUAUUUUUCUGGAAUUUGGGGAUUGGACCCCAGAACCAAACAUGCUGGUACCGUCUACAAAUAAAUGACUUGAACCCAUUAUAA